AUGGCGGAGGCGCCGGCGGCACCACCACCGGCACCAGAGAGAAGGAAAGGAGAGGACGGCGGCGGGCUGCGCGCCCUCGUGGGGGAGGGGCAGGUGGCGGCCCACCAGGCUGGUGGCGGAGGAGGGGCGUCCAUCGCGGUCCUCUUCCCCCUCCCCGUGCCUGCCGCCGAGGCCGAGGCGAAGGGCGGCGGCGGCGGCGGAACGCCCCCACCAGCGGCGGCAGCAGGCGCGGGCUCGGGGGCGGGACUGCCCCGGCUGCGCCUCGCGGAGCUCCACGCCGACCUCCUCGCCCACGCUGAAGAGGCGCAGCUCAAGGCGGAGAGGCUGGCCGAGGAGGAGAAGCGCCUGCUCGCGUGGAUAGAACAGGUGACGGAGGCAGGGCUGGGGCAUCAUGACGGGGACCUGCUCAAGGCUCUCCGCUCUGGUGAAGUGCUUGUGCGGUACGGCUACCUGCUGCUGCUGCUGCUGCUGCUGCAACUAGCAGAGUAG